AUGACCAACACACAGCCGAGCGAAAAUGGCGAUAGCGACAUGUUGACCUAUAGAAAUAUCUCCAGCUCCAUCCUCGAAAACAUGUUCACCCCCAUCAUUCACGAAAUUAUAAUAGAGUCCAUUUUGAAUGAGCAGGUGCUGCGAUCGAGCUAUGGGACUGUUGACAAUCCCAAGUAUGUGGAGGCCGGAAAUCCCACCAGGACAGACCAGACCCAGGAUACACAGCCGGCCACCAAAAAGGCCAAACUUGAUUCAGGGAGCUCGAGCACCUCUACACCAACACCGCACUACACCGAGCGCGAUCUCGGACGGCUGGAGUUCGUCACCAACGGAAAAGAUGUUUUUUCAAACUACAAGAGGAAGGAGAAUGGAUCUGCCAAUGGAGCGACCGGGUCCAACGGGAACCACUCUGCGGCGGGCAACGGAAACGGCAGUGACGACUACUUCAAAUGUCUGAACUGCGACCGGAGGAUAGCCGGUAGUCGGUUUGCGAGUCAUAUUGAUCGGUGUUUGGGAGGUAGGACGAGAAAGUGA